AGCCUUUCUUCCUCAACUCAACCUCUUUUUGACAACCAAAAACGCAACCGAAAAGUAAAAAAUUAUGACUUCUCUCAAGCUCUAUAAAAACUACUAUCAAUCACCAUUUCUUCCCACUCCCUCAAAGCUUCAUCACAAAGUAAUAAAAACUCGAACAAAUUUUUGCGUAAACAAUGAUUAUUACAGGAGAAAAUUUACUGUGAGAGGAUGCGUUGGGGAAGGAGAAGGAGAUAAGAAGAGAGAAAGGCGAACUUUCUUGACUCUAGAAGAAGCUGGUUUAGUUGAAAUGUCUGGUCUAAGCACUCACGAGAGAUUUUUAUGUCGUUUAACGAUAUCAUCUUUGAAUCUGCUAAGGGUGAUAUCGGAGCAAGAAGGAUGUUCAAUUGAGGAGCUGAAUGCAGGGAGAGUAUGUGACUGGUUUAUGAAGGAUAAACUGAAACGAGAGCAGAAUAUUGAUUCUGCAGUCCUUCAAUGGGAUGACUCUGAGUUCCAGUUUUGA